GUUUUAAACCGGAAGACGUUCGGGUUAAGCCGCCGCUUCCGUAAAGGUUUAGCAUCCAUAAUACACGUGUAUGGAGACCAGGGAGUUGGUAUAAAUUAAAGAAAAUUUAGAUACUUAAGUACAGAAAAAUGGGAAAACCAGGAUUUUCGCCAGGCGGAGGCGGUGGGUUUAGAGGAGGUAGAGAUGGUGGCAGAGGUGGUGGUAGAGGUGGUGGCAGAGGUGGUGGAUUUAGAGGAGGUAGAGGUGGAGGCGGAGGAGGUGGUAGAGGUGGAGGUGCACGAGGAGGAGGCACUCCAAGAGGCCGUGGCGGACGAGGAGGAGGUGGAGGAGGAAGAGGUCGUGGAGGAGGUGGUUUCAAAGGCGGCAAAACAGUUGUUAUCGAGCCACAUCGUCACGAAGGAGUUUUUAUAGCUAGAGGAAAGGAGGAUGCAUUAGUUACCUUAAAUUUAGUACCAGGUUCAGAAGUGUAUGGUGAGAAGAGGAUAAGUGUGGAGGGAGAGAAUGGAGAGAAAGUUGAAUACAGGGUGUGGAAUCCUUUUAGAUCGAAAUUGGCUGCAGCCAUACUUGGAGGUAUCGAUCAAAUUCACAUGCCUCCAGGAAGUAAAGUUUUAUACUUAGGUGCCGCAUCUGGAACUACAGUAUCGCACGUUGCAGAUGUUGUUGGCCCAGAGGGAUUAGUAUAUGCUGUAGAGUUUUCUCACAGAUCUGGUAGAGAUCUUAUAAAUGUUGCUAAGAAACGGACGAAUAUUAUUCCUAUAAUCGAAGAUGCAAGGCAUCCUCACAAGUAUAGAAUGCUUGUUGGCAUGGUGGAUACAGUAUUUGCUGAUGUUGCGCAGCCUGACCAAGCCAGAAUAGUAUCUUUAAAUGCCCAAUAUUUCUUGAAAAAUGGUGGUCACUUUGUCAUCUCUAUUAAGGCAAGUUGUAUAGACUCUACAGCACAACCUGAAGCAGUAUUUGCCUCGGAAGUGAAGAAAUUAAUUGCCGACAAAUUGAAACCGCAGGAGCAAAUCACGUUAGAGCCAUACGAAAGAGAUCACGCUGUCGUAGUCGGAACCUAUAGGCCGCCACCUAAAAAAGCUACCUAAGAUUAUCUUCAUGUAUAUAAGUUUCGUUUAACUAUUAAGCUCAACUCAUAAUUGACCCUGAUUCUUACGAUGUAUGCAAUACGUUUUAAUUGUGUAUGAGAGGAAUGAAACCAGCUUUGUAAUAUAAUGUAAAGUAGGCAAUUAUCGACAGAUGGAUAAUUUGAACGUUUUCUAUAAAGUGCAUUAUUGUGCCUGUACAGUUUACAUGAGAGACGUACAUACACGUACGAUUGUGUGACACUGUAAUGCAAAUUUUAUAUUUUAAAUAUCACAUGUGAUCAUUUCACGUAUACUUUCAUACAAAUAAAAGAUAUUUCAUAAAGUGUA